AUGCGCACAGCCAACUUGUGCCGCGAAAGCCAGGAGCUCGCCUCCUCAUGCUGCUCCGGCGGGCAGUGCUGUCUGCACCAAGGGUCUGUGUGGCGCCUGAUGCGCGAAACUGGUCCAGCACAAAGCGCAAGUCGGCAAGCUAUGCGCCAGGUCGGACCGAUGGGCAUGCUUCGCGGCAUACCUUUUGAGGUGGCAAGCGUCGUCGUGGAUCAUAGCGGACAGCUCGGGAAUGCGGCUUUUUGCAGGUCUGCAACAAAGAAGUACCUCAAAGGCAAGGUUUCACUAGAAACCAUGGUGCCUGCAAAACGGAACCCUCCAUAUCGCACCAGUAAGCAGUCUAGACCCUAA